AUGUUCUUAAAAUUUCUUUUCAUACCGUUUAUGUACAUUAUUUACGUGAACUCCUUUAUUAAAAACUGGAAUCACCUCCAUAAAUUGCCUUCAUUGAGAAACUACAUCCUUGUGAAAAAAACGUUAUUUAAUAGAGAAACUGAUCCUUCUAACAAUAAUUUUCCGUUUUUAAAAUAUAAUUUAGACAAUGACCUCAUUAAUACAUCAUCUGCUCUAAAUUAUGCAAUUGAUCAGCUGGACUCCAGAGAACAGCUAUUCGACCUACACACAACUCUCUUUAAAGAUUCUCAGAGUCUCAAACACCUCAACGUAGGCCUUACAUUAUUUAUAAAUGACGUUUUCGAAGCUUACUCACUAUACUUUUUUGAAUUACUCCCCUCACUGUAUCUCGGUAAGGAAUUACGGAACCACCUCGAAGUGUUUCUGGAUCAAUUUCAGGAGAAGCUUAUUGAAUUGUUCAAGAUAUCAACGUUUUCAAUAAUAGAAGCUUCGCCCAGGAGCAAAGUGGCAGUAAUUCUCAACUCAAUAGAGCUUAGAUUGAUACUGGAGAAGGUCAAACAACUAUGUAAAUUAUUUAAUACGGAAUACAAGUUUGGUAAACUUGAGUUGGAAAUCGAAUCAAUGAACGACGAAAGGUUAAAAAAUAUAGCACUUUGGUCAGUUGUUCAUUCGGAAGCUUUCAAAAAGGGUCUGGUAAUUCUGUCCAAGGCAUUACUCAUGGCAACACUGAACAACCUCUUCGUACCACUAUUCAUCAAUUUCAUCUGCAAAAUUAUACCACCAGGGUUCCCAGGACAACUUCUCAUACAAUAUCUAUUUAAAUCUUUGAAGGUUUCGUUUGUAUAA